GGUGGGGUGGGCCACGUCAGGAAGCCGGUGCGGGGCUGAGCUUGUGGCAGAAGAGAGAGGCUGCAUACAUACAUAUAAGAGAGGCAAAAAUGUCAGAUGAUAUCAGAAAAAGGUUUGAUUUUCCAAAUUCUCUUAUCCAGUCACAGGCUGUGGGUCAUCUUAUUGCUGCAGUCCUAAAGGAAAAUGGCUUUUCAGGAAAGAUUCACCAAUCCACAAACCAGACCCCUGCUUUGAACUUGCUGUGGGAGAAGUGCUGCAGUGACAGUGUGGUGGUUCGAACAGCCUGCUGUGAGGGUCUGGUGGCGCUUGUUGCUCAGGAUCAUGCAGAGUUUAGCUAUGUUCUCAAUGGAAUUCUCAAUCUGAUUCCGUCAACCAGGAAUACACAUGGCCUGAUAAAAUCCAUUAUGAAAUUAUUUCAAAUGCAAGCCUUAAAGGAAGGACAAGGCGGGGAGAAGAACAUUCAGGAUAUAUAUACUAUUAGAACUCGUCCUCAGCCUUUGAUCACUGUGCUUGAACACAGACCUGAUUGCUGGCCAGUGCUUUUGCAGCAGUUGACAGCUUUUUUCCAGCAAUGCCCUGAAAGGUCGGAAGUUUCAUGUGUCCAAAUAAUGGCACCAUUUUUGUGGUAUCUGUAUUGUGAACCAUCCCAGUCACAAGAAUAUGCUAAACUCCGACUAGCCCUGCGAAAAGUCUUACUUCAACCCCGGGUUCCCUGUGAUGAAGCACAGCCAUCCAUACUGGAACAACAGAUACUUCAGCUCUGUUGCGACAUGAUUCCGUGUUUGCAGAUCAAAGAUCUGAUACAGACAACAGAAGUGAUGCUGUUUAUUGAGGAAUUAUAUUUAAGUCUUUUGCGUCAUCCUGUUUUCUGGAAAAUUCAGCUGACCCAGCUAACCCUGCAGUUGCUGUGUAUCUGUGAAGUCAGCUUAAAGAUAACUGGGGAAUGCUCAUCUUUAAUUCAGCUUUUAGACCGCAGCGUUGAACUUCUGAAGGAGGAUUUUCCUGUUGAAUUGGUCAUAAUUGGAAUAGCUUUACUUCUUCUACAGACUCCAGCAAGUCAGCAGAAGCCAAUCUUAAGUCUAGCCCUGAAGCUCUUCUCUUUUGCUGAGGGUCAGAAAAUCCCAAAGUCGUCUCUGCUGCUUGUGAUGCCACUGCUGCAGAUACUAUCUUCUACUGCCUUGGAAGACUGUAUGUCCCUGGAUGAGGACGGUCCCUCUAGGCAGCAGUUGGCCUUGAACCUUUUGGAAAUGGUACAGCAGGAGUGUUACAGAGACGACCUCCAAAAGCUCUCCUGCAGGCUUGCAUUCCCUGUUACCAGCAUGUAUGGCUCAAUGUUCACAGCCUGGAGGAUUCUGGAAGUAAUGAGAAGAGAAGCUGCAACAAGUGACUGGUUGGCUGCGGUGGAGUCUUUGCUUCCUAUUACCACAGAGAUCCCCAGGCACGUUUUCCUUCUGCUGGCUCACCUCCUUGUUGAAGAUAAGGGACAAAACCUUCACCAGAUAUUGAAAGUCACCACAGAAUUAGCUCAAGCAGAUUCCUCUCAGGUACCUAAUCUGAUUCCAGUUUUAAUGUUCAAAUUGGGAAGACCACUGGAACCUAUAUUAUAUAAUGACAUAUUGUAUACUUUACCGAUGCUUGGUGUUCACAAGGUGUGUGUAGGACAGAUUCUGCGAGUAAUCCAACUGCUUGGAACUACCCCACAACUAAGAGCUGUCACUUUGCGCCUAUUGACAUCUUUGUGGGAAAAACAAGAUCGUGUGUAUCCUGAGCUUCAGCGUUUCAUGGCCAUGUCUGAUGUGCCUUCUCUCUCUGUGGGCAAGGAGCUGCAGUGGGAAAAACUGAUUGCAAAAGCGGCAUCAAUCAGAGAUAUAUGCAAGCAAAGGCCCUAUCAACAUGGUGCGGACAUGUUGGCAGCCAUUUCUCAGGUGUUGAAUGAGUGCACCAAGCCUGAUCAAGCUACUCCAGCAGCCUUGGUGUUACAAGGUCUUCAUGCACUCUGCCAAGCUGAAGUUGUUUGUAUUCGCUCUACUUGGAAAGCCCUCUCUCCAAAGUUGAGUUGUGACACAAGACCUCUCAUUUUGAAGACUCUGAGUGAACUGUUUUCUCUGGUUCCUUCCUUAACAGUCAAUACAGCUGAGUAUGAGAAUUUCAAAGUUCAAGUGCUCAGUUUCCUCUGGACUCACACACAAAACAAGGACCCAAUUGUAGCAAAUGCUGCGUACAAGUCUCUGUCCCACUUUAGUGCAGGAGAACACACCAUUCUUCAUCUGCCUGAAAAGAUAAGACCAGAAAUCCCAAUUCCUGAUGAGUUGGAUGAAGAUGAAGACGAGGAGGAUGUGGAUCUUUCAAUUCCUGGUCCUUGCUAUCUGAAACUGUUGUCACUCACUGCUCCUUUGGUUUUACCAGCUUUGGAGGAAUUUUUUACAUCACUUGUGAAGCAAGAAAUGGUGAAUAUGCCACGUGGGAUCUAUCACUCAGCAUUAAAAGGAGGUAUCCGUUCAGACCAAGGAAAGACCAUAGCAGGAAUCCCCAAUUUUAUAUUGAAAAUGUAUGAAACGAACAAGCAACCAGGAUUGAAACCUGGCCUGGCAGGUGGUAUGUUAUUUUGUUACGAUGUUUCCAUGUACCAGAGUAAAGAUGGCAAACCAUUGAAUCGACUGAUGGCUAGUAGAGGGCGAAGCUUCAAGCAGACGUCACUUGCUCUUGUUCAUGAGGUUCACAUCCAGCUUUCAGAGUGGCAUCGUGCAAUCUUUCUCCCACAGGCCUGGCUUGCAUAUAUGAAUCGAGCUUAUCAUGCCAUCUUGCAGGGAAGAAUAGGAGAGCUGGAGCUGCAAUUAAAACAUGGGAAAGAAGGACCUGAGGAGGUGCAAUACAAAAAAGACACAGCCUGGCUUUGGGUCAGAGACAUGUUGACUGAUGAGAUCACCAAGACGGCUGCAAAGGAGAGCCCAGUGGUCAAAGGCAACGCACUGUUAGCCUUAAGCAGCCUUGCUGUCGUCCUAUUCAAACAUGAAGCCAGCCUCGCCUCAGACUCUGAUGGGGUCCUGGAGGUUCAACCUCAUUUCCUUCCAAUGAAAGAAUGGGUUUCCAUGGUGCUUGAUACUCUGCUGGUCAUUGUGGAUAGCCAUUACCAAACCAGAGGACAGCUUUUCUCCUGCUUUUAUCAUAAAUCCUAUUCUGGUGAAAACACAGCUAGUGCCAUUGCCCGUUCUGCUGCUGCCACGGCUUUGUCUCUCCUUGUGCCAGUUUUCAUUAUCUCUUGCAAAGAGAAGGUUGAGGAAAUCCUGAACAUGCUGACUGCCAGGUUACCUGGGAAACCAAGUGCUGAUGAAUCUCAAGCCGUGCAAAUCCACAUGGGCCUUGCUUUGGGGAUGUUUCUCUCUCGCUUGUGCGAGGAGAAACUCAGUGAUAUCUCUGGCCAACAGAUGAACCUUCUUCUGAUGAAGUCCUUGGAUGCCCUGGAGAACUGCUGCUUUGACGCUGGUCUUGAAUACAACACUGGCUGUAUAUUGGGAGUUGGACUUGUACUGUCUCUCAUGAGCCACAGCAGCCAAAUGGAGUCCCGAGUUCAUGUGGCUGCGUCGCUUCGGAGGCUGUCCACGUACCUAGAUGAUAGUGGGAGUCAGAGCCGAACAUUUCAGGAGGUGCUCGCUUACACCCUCAGCUGUGUGUGCACAUCAGCAUUCAGUGCCGGUAUCAUUGAGGCCACAGAGGCUGAAGAGACUAUGAACAAGCUUCGGCUGUUAGUGGAGAACAACCAGCAGACUUCGGGUUUUGCCUUGGCAUUAGGAAAUGUAGUUCACGGUUUGUCUCUAUGUGGGCAUGGCAAAGCUGAAGACUUGGGCAACAAACUUCUCCCUGGAUGGAUCAGAACUGUUCUAGCAGAGGGCACUCCCACAAUGCUUUGUCUGGCAGCUCUGCACGGCAUGGUGGCCUUGGUAGGCUCCGAAGGGGAUGUAAUGCAGCUGAAGUCAGAAGCCAUACAGACUUCACAUUUUCAAGGCAGACUUAAUGAAGUCAUUAGAACUUUAACUCAGGUCACCAGUGUCUCUGGGGCGAUUGGACUUCAGUCAAAUGCAAUCUGGCUUCUAGGACAUCUACAUCUCUCUACUCUGUCCUCAAAUCAAAGCAGAACCUCUGUUCCUACUGACUAUAGCUAUUUGCCUGAAAGCAGUUUUAUUAGAGCAGCCAUUGGCUUCUUCAUUACAGGAGGAAAAAAAGGUCCUGAAGCUGUGCCUCCUUCCCUUCUCAAAGUAGUUAUGAAACCCAUAGCAACUGUUGGAGAAAGCUACCAGUAUCCUCCUGCAAACUGGGCUGCGCUCCUUUCUCCACUUAUGAGGCUAAACUUUGGGGAAGAAAUACAGCAACUCUGCCUUGAAAUCAUGGUGACUCAGGCUCAGUCAUCCCAGAAUGCAGCUGCACUGUUGGGCUUGUGGGUGAUGCCACCCCUGAUCCACAGCCUGAGCUUGGAUAUCAAGAAAUACCUCCUGGUGUCUGUGCCUCUGUGGAUAAAACAUGUCUCUGAUGAACAGAUCCUUGGUUUUGUUGAAAACUUAAUGGUGGCAGUUUUUAAAGCAGCUUCCCCACUUUGCAAUCCUGAGUUAUGCCCGAGUGCCUUGCAGGGUCUGAGCCAGGCCAUGAAACUGCCCAGCCCUGCCCACCACCUCUGGAGUCUGCUCCGUGAAGCUACUGGGAAAAUUUUUGACCUUCUGCCAAAUAAGAUUCGGAGAAAUGAUCUAGAACUGUAUAUUAGUAUAGCAAAAUGCCUUUCGGAAAUGACAGAUGAUGAUGCCAAUCGUAUCUCCCAGAUUACUAAGAGCAACAUGGAAAAGGCUGUCUUUGUCAAGCUGUACUUAAUCUCUCAAGGACGAUUCCCCUUGAUGAGCCUAACUGAUAUGCUCAGUGUUGCUCUGCAGCACCACGAGAAAGAGUCAUUGGCCUGGAUGAUUCUGCACAGUUUGUACCAGGCACGGAUUGUGAGCCAUGCCAACACAGGUGUAUUGAAGAGAAUGGAGUGGCUCUUGGAACUGAUGGGUUAUAUCAGAAAUGUUGCUUACCAGUCAACACCUAUUCACCACGUGGCUCUUGAUGAGGCUUUGGACUUCUUGUUGCUGAUAUUUGCAGUUGCAGUGGUAGCGUGGGGGGACCAUGAGGCCCCACUCCUCCUUGGCCUCAGUGCCAGUUGGUUGCCAUGGCAUCAGGAGAAUGGCCUGGCUGAGCCAGAAUCCAGCUUCCUUGGCAGGAGUCCAAUGCACAGGGUCUCUCUGCAGGAGGCCCUCACUCUCCUUCCCAGUAGCAUGCUGCUUCUGCUGCAGAAAGAGCCAUGGAAGGAACAAACCCAGAAGUUCAUUGACUGGUUAUUCAGCAUCAUGGAAAGCCCUAAAGAAGCCCUCUCAGCCAAGUCCAAGGAUCUUUUAAAAGCUACCCUGCUGUCCUUGAGAGUCCUCCCAGAGUUUAAAAAGAAAGCUGUAUGGACCAGAGCUUAUGGCUGGUGAACAGUUUUGCAGCAACCAGAAGCAUUCUCAGCUGGAUGAGACAAAUCAUAGAAAUGGAAGGAAUUAAGAAUUCAUGUCUGGGAUUGGUGAGACAUUGAUCCUUGAUGUUAAGGGUCGUGAAACAGUGGCCACAUAACUGAAGCCUGACACAUUCAUUGCCAGGAGGAGGGGUACAUCACUUUGUUACCCAGACGAGACUGAAACAGGAACAUGAGUUUUCUUUAUUUGACUGGAUUUCAAUGUGAAGAUUUUCUUUGUGACAACUUGACUUUACCUUCUUCUAUCCCCUCAAUUCUAGUAAAAUAUUCUUGUGAACUUUG